AUUUAUGCCACAUAACUCGUUCGCCACUUCCAUUGAACACGUAUUCUUCAUCAUACUAGUCUGGGGCCCGAUUGAAAUGGAGAAAGAAGCAAAAUAUAUCUACUUAUAUUCCAAUACUUUCUUUAUGAGCAAAUGCGAUCAUUCUGUUUAAAUUUGAUCCACUGUUAGGCAAAAGCAUAAGAAAUGGAUUCAGCUCUCAAAGUUUCGAGCAUGCCCAACUGGGGCAAUCCUCCCCUUAAAACUUUCAAUGUGCAAGAGAUUGCAAGAGAACAACCCCAAACUGUACCAGAAAGGUACAUGAGAUCAGAGGAAGAGAGACCCGGAACACUAACAAAACUUCCUGGUCAGUUGAGCAUCCCAGUGAUUGACAUGACCAAUCUCUCCCAAGGAGGAUUUCACAGGAAAGAAGAGAUCUGUAAAAUUGCCAAGGCUUGUGAAGAAUGGGGUUUCUUUCAGGUUGUAAAUCAUGACAUCCCUCACUCUCUGAUGGAUGAUAUAAAGAGAGUUGGGAAGGAGUUUUUCCAUCUUCCAUUAGAGGAGAAACAGAAAUGUGCACUUAGAGAUUUUCAGGGCUAUGGGCAGAUCUUUGUUGUGUCAGAGGAUCAAAAGCUGGAUUGGGGCGAUUUGUUGGGUUUAAUAAUAAGUCCUCCACGGAGCAGGAAUUUGAGUUUGUGGCCAGCUGUGCCGGCUGAUUUCAGGCAUAUUGUGGAUGAAUACAACAAAGAGAUUAAAAGUCUUGCUGUGCAGCUGCUGAGUUUAAUUGCAGCAACUUUACAUCUAAAAACUGAUUACUUUGAGCAUUCAUUUGGAAACACCUAUCGAAAGAUGCGGAUGAAUUACUAUCCACCAUGUCCAAAACCAGAUCAUGUUCUAGGCCUCAGCCCACAUGCAGAUGGAUCUGGCAUCACACUAUUGUUGCAGGAUAACGAAGUUGAAGGAUUGCACAUCCGAAAGGAUGAUAAAUGGGUGGCUAUUCAACCAAUUCCUUAUGCUCUAGUAGUUAACAUUGGCUUCUUCUUAGAGGUGAUGUCAAAUGGAAGAUACAGAAGCAUCGAGCAUAGAGCAGUAACAAGCAAAGAGAAUGCCAGACUAUCUAUUGCCAUUUUUUACAGUCCAGAAUUUGAUGCAGAGAUCAGUCCUGCACUGGAACUGAUUGACGAAAAUCAUCCCUGCUUGUUCAAGAAAUUUAUACAUGAAGAUUUUAUUAGACACUACAUGUCUCAUAAGAUUGAAGGAAAAAAAGCAUUAUAUGAAUAUGCAGGUAUAACAGCGAAUGGCAGAAAAUAAUAUGGAUCGAACAUUGAAUGCAUAACGUACAUAAGCAGCAAUCGCUAAUAUGGGUUUGUAUAUGGAUAUUUUACAUGUGUGACGAGGAAUGAAUUCUGGUGUGGACUGUCCUUUCAUUGUCAGAGAGCACAAAAGAUGUUAAUUUUUUUCUUAAUUUCCAGCAUGAAAGACAGAUACAUUCAUUUCAUCAUAUCAAUUUCAAAUUUUGAUAGUGUAAAAAUGAUUUGAAUGUGUUUCCUUUUUACAGUGUGCUUUCCUGCUUUCUUUUAAAUAAGUUUCUGUAACAGUAACAUGGAGUAGAAGAAUAAUUUUGU